AUGUCUCGCGAUCAGGGCGCAACACCCCUCAAGAUGUGGGAGUCAUCUCCGCCCGAAUCAUCUCUGCAUGAGCUCAUCAUUGAAAACUCCUGGCUUAUCGACCAUCCUCUCUGCUGGACUGCGAAACAUCUCCAGAUUUUGCACUGCGCAUUUCACGAUAUCGACGUCCUUCCAGGAGCCGAAACCCAAACCCAAACCACUCUACCUGAUGCGGAUGCUGUUCGAUUUGCCAAGAUGUUGGCCAAUCAUCGGACACCCCUCAAGAAAUACAUGGCUGCUAUUGAACUUCUCUGCUCCGAGGGAAGUCCUCUGGAACAGGUCAGAAGCGAUGCGCCAUCCUUCAUCUUUAAUGGACGCAGAGUACGCAUUCCCGACUGCGAGGUAUUCUGUCCUACAACUACUACAACUUCACCAGCAGCAAAUCACAGUACUUCGCCGCUCGUCAUCGGGUAUUUGCAUUACGAUCUUGUAAUGACCGCACGUGAAAAGAAAUUCAAGGCCGGGGUAUAUUUCGAGGGCGGGUGGAACCACAACAUGCUCCAGAAGAAGCUGGAAAAAUGCAAACCUGAGAUUUGGACUCGAGAUCCAUAUCUCGUAUGUGUUAUGCUGUCGCUGGCUCAACUUCGGAGACGCGACUUGUAUCCAUCGCUGCCGGCAAACUAUGAAGUUCGUCUUCUUACUUCCAAAAAAGGAGACACUACCCACGCCCAUGUGUUCGAUGCCGAAUUCCACAUCAGUGUCCUUGACGAACUGGACGGACCUUCAGAGUACGUGAAAGCGACUUGGCCCACGAUCUACCAUACCAGAGUCCCCUACGAGCCAUACGACACCUUUGCCAGCCGUAUCACUGCACACCUUGCGCGCGACAUCUAUGUGGAGCCAAAGAUUAUGUUUAAGAAUGAAACACCAAGCAUGUGGACCCAAACUCUAGUGAUGAUGGAUUCCAAGUAG